ACAUAGGAGAAGGAAAGAGCAUGAAGUCCUAAGAGAGCGAGUCACAGGAGAGACUGGCUGGCCAUGGCUACCACCGCAACCUUUCUUGCUCCGACUGGUUUCUCCAUCCAUGGCUGGUCGGCAAAGAGGAAGGUGGGAAGAGGGAGGAGGCCAUGCUCCAUCAAGUCCCAGCAGCAGCAGCAGCAGCAGCAGCUGGAAAAGGAGCAGGAUCAGCAACCAACACAAAGCCAAACAAGCAUUCCACCGCAGCAGCAGGAGAAGGCGAGGGUGCAGCAGCAGCCGUCGCCACAGCCGAUGGCGAAGAGCAAGAACAUGAGCAGAGAAUACGGAGGGCAGUGGCUGAGCUGCUGCACCCGCCAUGUGAGGAUCUAUGCCGCCUACAUCGAUCCCGUAACCCACGCCUUCGACCAGACCCAGAUGGACAAGCUCACCCUCAUCCUCGACCCCACCGACGAGUUCGUGUGGACGCCCGAUGCCUGUCAAAUGGUGUAUGCCUGCUUCCAAGAACUCGUCGACCACUACGAGGGGGCACCUCUCUCGGAGUACACGCUUCGGUUGAUUGGUUCGGACGUCGAGCACUACAUCCGCAAGCUGCUGUACGAUGGUGAGAUCAAGUACAACAUGAAUUCCAGGGUGCUCAACUUCAGCAUGGGGAAGCCCCGCGUUAAGUUCAACAGCAGCCAAAUCCAGAAUGUAUGACCUACAAUUUGAUCGUGAAUAGUGCCAUGAAAAUUUUCAGAUAAAGCAUGUCAGUCUGUGAUUUAUAGUCAACGGAGACAACACGAGGAAACAAGCGUACCUUAUUUCA